AUGGGUAAGACCUGCAAGAAGCCGGCUGCGUCUGCGGCGACGCGCCGCGUCAAGGACGACACCGUGCUCCUCAAGCCUGGCACCUUCGACGGCGCCAAAUUUGCAGGGGCCCUUACCGGGCCGCUGCGUCGGCACACGCCGCUUUUGUGGGCGUCCGGCUGCGACGGCGUCAACACCAUCGGUUAUUGUUUGCAUUUGAUGGGCAUCCCGAACGUUCACAGCUACGGAGCGGAGCAGAACCCUGCAGCUGCCACCUUCACGCUGCGUCAACCGUUCCAACCGGACCACUUGUUCAAGGACAUGGAGAUGACGGGCAUGAAGAAGUCGAGUUCGGGGCGCAUGAAGGUUCAGUUGCAAAACAAACAGCUCUCAGAACACAACUCACCGCUGGAGCGAAACGGAUGGGCCUUUGAGCUCGAGCUCCGAUUCGCUGCAUCGCUGCAGACUUUCGAGCUGGCGGUGUCGGCGAUGAAGCGGGCCGGGCCCAAGUUCGCCAUACUGGAGAACGUCCUGGGAUGCAAGUUUACGUGCGCUGGCCCUGCGUCAGAGAAGGCGGAGACUAAGGAAAAGAUCGAGGAGAAGAGUGAGACCAAGAAGAAAAAGACCACUCCUUUGGCACACUACAUGCAACGUUUGCAGGAAGCUUUCCCUGAGCACACAUGGGCCGUGGCGCAUAGCACCACAGCGGCCCCUUUGCCACAGAAGCGCCCACGGGUGUGGUUGCUUGGCUGCCACAAGGAGACGGGCUUCAGCCCGACAGACUGGGCAUCAGCGGCAUCAGCUUUGGAGCAAUACCCCUUCUACUACGACAUCCGAACGUUUUACGCUCCCGAGGACACCAAGCAGCUUCAGACAAAGGAGGCAGACAAUGUCGUCCACGCACACGCCGAUGCCGAGUACCACAGCAAGUUCGCAGCUUUGUUGCAGAAGUGCUUUGACCACGGCGUCUUGGACAAGAAGUCGCUUGCCGUGCCGCCCCGUCAUGAGCGUGCAUCGGCCAAAUGGAAGUCACUUACAACCUCAAGUGCUUUGUUCGACUUCUCGCGUGGCCAGUUCCUGCCAGUGCAGGCGCACUGGAGAAUGAUGGGCUGGUCGUCGCAGACGGACAUCAGCUGCUUAUCCCAAAGUGAAGCCAUGCAGCUGAUCGGAAACGGCAUGGCGGUGACCAGCACGUGCCGAAUUCUGUGCCCACUGUUGCGGCAUCUCGGGUACUUCAGUAUCUUCUAG